CCGCUUCUGACAUGAGCAGAUGAUUCGGAUGGAGAGUGGUGGGUGUGAUCUGCAGGGGGCGCGUGCUGCAUGUCUCAGAUGUGGAUGCGAGGCUGCAGCAGAAGGACGGACAGGAGCCGAGAGCGUUGCUUGUCGGUUGCGGCAGACAUGGCGUCCUCAUGCCGGUGAAUAAGCAGAAAAACUGAGCGGAGGGAGGGAGAGGGAUGAUGACACUCCGCAUCACUCCCAGCAUCACAUGAUGACGUCCUCUGAGGUGAUGGCAGCCUGCAGGACUCCUGGAUCCGGACUUCCAUGAGAUUUGAAGCGGCGCUGUGAUUCCACGGAGGGGAAACGGUGGGGGCUUCGGUGUCUGCCUCCGGAGGGGCUCUCUGCAGAGAGGCAGAGGAGGAGAGAGGGGCGAUGGCCGCUGGUGGAGCAGGAUGCGGGGACACGGUGGAGGAGUACCGAGCCGAGGUGGAGCGCCUCACCCGGGAGCUGGCAGAGGCCAACCGGGAGAAGAUCCGGGCGGCGGAGUGCGGGCUGGUGGUCCUGGAGGAAAACCAGAGCCUGAAGCAGCAGUACGCUGACCUGGAGGCCGAGCAGGAGGCUUUGCGGCUGGAGCUGGAGCAGCUACAGGAGGUGGGCUCAGCAGGGGCAUUUGGCCAGGCUUACUCCACCCAGCGUAAGGUAGCUGAAGAUGGGGAGACCAAUGAAGAGACUUUACUGCAAGAGUCUGCCACCAAGGAGGCCUACUACAUGGGGCGCCUCCUGGAGCUCCAGUCAGAGCUGAAGCACAGCCGGGCCACCGCCUCCAGUGCUCAGGCUGACAAUGAGCACAUGAGUGCUCUGCUGCAGGAGCUCAGGGAGAGUAACGAAAUGUUGGAUCUGCAGCGGAGUCGGAUGCGAGAGGAGAUCAGGGAGUACAAGUUUCGGGAGUCACGGCUUCUCCAGGAUUACACUGAGUUGGAGGAGGAGAACAUCUCUCUACAGAAACUGGUCUCAACGCUCAGGCAGAGCCAGGUGGAGUAUGAAGGUCUCAAACAUGAGAUCAAGGUACUGGAGGAGGAGACGGAGCUCCUAAGCAGCCAGCUGCAUGACGCUCUACAGCUGAAGAACAUCUCCGACGCUCAGCUGGAGGAGGCGCUGGAGUCUCUGAAGAGUGAGCGCGAGCAGAAGAACCACCUGCGCAGAGAGCUCAUCCACCACCUCAGCAUGUGUGACGUGGCCUACACUGGCAGCGCACACCUGAUUUUCUCUUCUGCCCCGCCCAGCGGCACCGCCACCCCAACUUCCCUGCUCUCCCCGAACACAGAGGAGCCCACAAGGUGUAACGGCCACCUUCAGGGUGGGGCAUCUGCUGUGACGGCUGCAGGGUCCACAUCCAGGACUAACGGGGAGUGCCGAGGACUGGGUCGGAAAGCUGAGGGGGGAACCACAGCUGACCUUUUCAGUGAGAUGAACGUGACCGAAGUUCAGAAGCUGAAGCAGCAGCUGAUGGCGGUUGAACGGGAGAAAGCAGCUCUGAUGACAAGCCUUCAGGAGUCCCAGGCUCAGCUCCAUCACACACAGGGAGCCCUGACGGAGCAGCACGAUAAGGCCCGCCGCCUCAGCCAGAAACUCUCCGCUCUGCGCCGCCUGCAGGGGAUGGCAAGCUCCACCUCUCAGCUCAGCUCAGAACCCCUGACGGAGCUGGGUAAAGACGAGGAGGAGGAAGAGGAGCAAGCUGAGGAGGAUAAGGCUGAAGUACUGAGUAAAAGUCAGGUGUUUUCAUACCAGACUCCUGGUCUGGAGAUCCUGCAGUGUAAAUAUCGCGUGGCUGUAACAGAGGUGGUAGAGCUGAAGGUGGAGGUAAAAACACUCAGAGAGAAGCUGGCUCACUGUGGUGAGGGAGCAGCAGAGGAGAGGCCCAGGAGGUCCAGCCAGCUGCAGAGGCUGGAGAGCCAGGUUGCCUCAUUGGAGAAGAGCUGCCGGGAGGGACAGGACAAGGUUUCUGCCUUGGAGGUGGAGCUAAAGGCAGCUCGGUCGGCAGCUUCGGAGAGCCAGGGGGCAUUGAACGCAGCUCAGGAGGAGCUGGUGACUCUGAGUGAAGAGCUCGCCCAGCUCUACCACCACGUCUGCCUCUGCAAUAAUGAGACGCCCAACCGGGUCAUGCUGGACUACUACAGACAGGGCAGAGGGCUCCGGGGCCUCAGCGCCAGUCUCAAAGCCUUGUCUUCAGACAACAGCAAAGUCCUCCUGACCCCACGUCUGGCCAGGCGGUUGGCCACCGUCACGUCCAUCCCGGGGGAGCCACGGAGUCCCUCCGAGUCCCCAUCCAAGCAGCCUCUGUCUGCGGAGUCUAGGAGAGAGGAGAAGGAGGGAGAGAGGGAGCCAUCCCAGACGCCUCCCACUCGCUCUCCCAGCAUCAGUGCCUCAUCAUCGUCAUCUUCUUCAUCGUCGCCUGCCCUGGAGCCUCCCGGUGAGCUGCGCAGGGAGCCCAUGAACAUCUACAACCUGAAUGCCAUCAUCAGAGAGCAGGUGAAGCACCUCCAGCGGGCAGUAGACAUGUCCUUACAGCUGUCCAGACAGAGAGCUGCAGCCCGGGAACUGGCCCCUCUGCUAGACAAGGACAAAGAGAGCUGCAUGGAGGAGGUCCUGAAGCUCAAGUCCUUACUCAGCACCAAGAGGGAGCAGAUAGCCACCCUCAGACUGGUGCUGAAGGCCAACAAACAGACAGCAGAGGGGGCUUUAUCCAACCUGAAGAGUAAAUAUGAGGCAGAGAAGUCCAUGGUGACGGACACCAUGAUGAAGCUGAGGAACGAGCUGAAGGCCCUGAAGGAGGAUGCCGCCACCUUCUCCUCUCUGCGAGCCAUGUUUGCCACCAGGUGUGAUGAGUACGUGACCCAGCUGGAUGAGAUGCAGAGGCAACUGGCUGCAGCCGAGGACGAGAAGAAGACUCUGAACUCCCUCCUGCGAAUGGCCAUCCAGCAGAAACUGGCCCUCACUCAGCGCCUGGAGGACCUGGCCUUUGAUCAGGAGCAGUCUCACCGCACCCGGGGGGGCAGGUUGGCCCGCGGGAAGACCAGCAAAGUAAGUCCCUCAGCCUCCAACCUAACCCAAGGCUCCGUGUCGGCUUUGGACCCUGGCAGCGCCCCCUCUGUAGGCCUCUCAAGCCCCCCGUUGGGUCUUUUUGACAACCCCCUCAGCCCCUCGGUGGUCAGCACUGCUGCCGCCGUCCUGGCCUCAGCCCUCACCUCCCCAACCUCUCUCAAACCCCCCUGCAGCCCGUCCUCACCUUCUGCCGGCCCCCCACCAGAAAGCCCUCCCUCUCUAGAAGCCCCAUCCUCCCCUUCCACCCAGACCCCAUCCUCCCCCCUGAGACUGGCUCACUCCCAGUGGACCCUUGGGGUCCGGACGUUCGUGGUUGACUCCCACAGUUUCAGUGUCAACAUCUCCCCCACCCUUCCCCGCAGCUCAGGCCUCCCAAGGCUCUACACCUCUGACUCUCACCCCUCCUCUCCCCCCAGCACCAUCCGGUCCACCCAGCCCGGUUCAACCCCCUCCUCCCCCUACAGAACCCCCAGUCUGGGUCUCAGACGCCCCACAUGGAGCCCCUCCCCUCGAACUCGGCCCCUGUCCAGCAUGGCGCGCUCCUCCGUCCUCUACACGUCCUCAUCCCCUUACUCCUCUUACUCACCCUCCUACUUCUCCUCCCCCACCUUCACCCCGUCCAGCUCCUACCUUCCCUCCACCCCCUCCAACCACUCCAGCCACUACACCCCCCUCUACCCCAGAUACUACAGCUCCUAUCGGCCCCGGGAAUGAGACCGCUGCCCGAGACCGGAGGCUCAUAGAGAGGAGGACAUGUUGGUUUCCUGUUUACCACUUCCUGUUUCCUGUUUCCAACUUCCUGUUUUCUGUGCCUACGCCUUGGCCAAUGGGUUCUGAAUGUUCAGUGACUUUGCUCAGGGAUUUGACAUAAGGAGCACAAGCGGCCCUGCCUUCUUUUAUUCUGAGACUGCUGAUUGGUCCACACCUGGACGUUCACAGACUUUUUACGGCAAGUUUUUAGCAUUUAGAUUCUUCAGGUUGAGACCGCCACAUGCACGAUUAUAAACAGACUCAUGCCCACCCCCCGUAUUCUUUGUAAUAUCCACAGUCUGUAAUUUAUGCACACACUUAAACACACACACACACACCUCACACAGUCCUCUGUUCAUGAUGGUUUUGGAGAUGAAGAGUGGGUUUCUAACUCCUUCAGAGGUUUUUAUUUCAUCAUAUGCUCCUGAGUCACUAGAGGGCGCUGUUUCCUCUAAGAAUUCAUUACCCACCUGGUACUGUUAUUGUCAGCUCCACCUUCCACCCAGCACCACCCAGUGGUUUGUUACCAUCAACUCAGCUGUGCAUGCUCGUGUUGGGAUGCUCUCAGACUUCAGACCUGCCUGAGUACUGGAUCAGAAGGGAUCUGCUGGGAGGGUCAUGUGACCAGGGGAUGAUCGGAAGUCAGCUCCUAGUUUGUCUCUGUGGUUUCAUCAGGAAGAAAUCCCGACUCUGUCUACAAACUGGAGAGAUUUAAAUCUGACCCCCUCUUGACCCGGAUCACUGCAGCGGGUUUUAGACGACAUGGCAUUGCUCCAAACUCAGGGGACGAGUUUCAUAACCUUUCAUUUGCUCUCCACGCCUCCGGCUACAGCUCAGCACACAUGAUGCCGUAUUCCCUGUGUCUGUGUGCCUUACAGAACCUGAACCAGAACCCUCACAGUGUAGCCUAAUGAUACCUGAAACCUGCUCAGACCUUUUUUAUUUCCACUCCUGUACCUCAGGCUGAGAUGCUGUUUUCAUCUGUUUGUCUGCAGCUUUUUAAGAACACAAACUUUUGUUUCCUCCAACGUUUCUCUAAUGUACACAUCUUUUCUCAUUUCUAUCUUCCUUUUUGUUUCAGAAUACAUAUUUUAUCCUGACCUGACCUCCUGUAUAGUCCUGUUAAUGGGUUCAAUCUGCUGCAUGGGGCAAAAACACAUUUUACAGGCAGAUAUUUCCCAGAUUUAGAUGGACAAAAGUUAGUUUAAGAGGUCCUCCUCACAUUUCGUUGUCCACUUACUGGUAUCCUGAAAUAAAAAGAGUAGGUAUAUCCACUCACUGCUGGCUAAACUAAUCAAUUUGAACAUUUGUAUCAUUAUUUAGACUCAAUGUCACAUUUUUCCACACAGAUGUUUGAAUGCUGAAGCAAAGCUGACCAGGAGCAAUCAAACAGCUAGUUUAUUUCUGGAUUUCCUGAGGUUUUAAGUGUUCAGAGCCUGUGUGAUUUUCAAAUUGAGGCCAAGUUCACAUGAAACAACUUAAUUUUUAUUAUUUGGACAUUUUGUUUCCAACAUUUGGGAGCCUGAAGACCUAGUCCCAAAGUAAAUAAAUGGGGAUCAUGAAA